GACUUGGGGGGUGGGCUACACAGUCUAUGUUUACCUGCUGCCUCAGGUACGCCGGGGUAACUCUUGGCUCCGGGCGCACGGAGCCUGGGCAGGUGAGGAAGGGGCUCUCCGAGCUAGGCAGGUAGGGGUGGGGGCAGCAGGAACGAGGACAGAUGACAGGUGAGGGUCUCUAAUCAGGGCAGAGGCCAGGGACUCCUGGAAGCCAGACAGGUGAAGGCUGGAGCGACCAGGGCAAGGGAGGCAUGGGAUGCAUGAAGUCCUCGAACUUGUACUGGUGAAGGGAGCAGGUGUCAGCGACCUUAGCAGAUGAAGGAUGAGGGCAAAAACCAGGAGGUGUUGGGUUUCAGUGGGGGGGGGGGCUCCAGAAAAGGCACAAAAAGGGACAAGAAUGACAGUGGAGGGGAUGACAAGGGGUUGGAUCUGAGGGAGUGUGGUCUCCCCUCCUGUCCUCUGCUCCUUCUCUCUUUUCCAGUGGUGACAGGAGCCACCAGUGGCAUCGGCAAGGCUUAUUCACAUGAGCUCGCCCGGAGAGGUCUGAACAUCGUCCUCAUCAGUCGAGACCUGAGCAAGUUGCAGCAGGAGGCAAAGGAGAUAGAGAGGCUUCAUGGCAAAAGCACACGAGUCAUCCAAGUGGAUUUCACCGGGGGCUUGGAGAUCUACGAGGCCAUUGAGGCAGGACUGAAGGACCUGGAGAUCGGAGUACUGGUAAACAAUGUGGGCAUGCGGUAUGCACGUGGUUUGGGGAAACUGCUCGACUGUGAGGACAUCGCCAAAGAACUCUUCAAUAUUAUAAACUGCAACAUGAUGUCUGUGGCCCAGAUGACGAGAAUCGUCCUGCCCCAAAUGGUUACCAGAGGCAAAGGCAUCAUCAUCAACAUAUCUUCGAUGGCUGACAAGCGCCCCUAUCCAUUUGCGGCAAUGUACGCAGCCACCAAGGCCUUUGUGCGAAGCUUCUCCACGGCAGUGGGCAGAGAGUACCACUCCGAGGGGGUCAUUAUGCAGACAGUGAGCCCCUUUUUGAUUGAAACAAAUAUGACCUAUCCCAUGAAACGUGGGCUGCUCGUGAUGACUCCCGAAGACUUCGCUCGGCAGGCGUUGGACACGCUUGGCCUCACCUCCCAAACCCCUGGGUGCCUCCGCCACGCUGUGCAGGGUUGCCUGCUGAGCAUCUUGCUACCCAGUUGGUUUUUUCUCAGUAGCUGGCAAUUUAUGUUUGUAUCUCGGUUGGAGCGAUGGAGUAGGGCACAGCUUCUUGGUAAAAGAACUUGACAAAAGGCCUUGAAGAGGAGUGGCCACAUGUCCGUCUUUCCCCACUCCCACCCCGCCCCCUUCAGAAUCUUAGGCCAGAGCUGUUGUUAGCUAAGACUUCCCACACGUGGAAACAAAUGGACAAGCGGACCAAUAGAACGGAAUUGGAUCCCCGAACACUCAAAUCUCUGGCAGAAAGAUGGAGUUUUUAGUAUGCGGCCCUGAGACUAGAUAGACAUUUGGAGAAACACACACACACACACACACACAUUUAUGUACAUAUAUAUUGAUAGAUUGUAGCGAUGAUGGCUGCACAACUUUGUGAAAUACUAAAACCCACUAAAUUGUACACAGUAAAAGGGUGAAUUUUAUGGUAUGUGAAUUAAGUCU